CUCUUGUGAAUUAAAGAAGAGGAAGAAGCCAGAAUCAAGUUUCGUGCCUAAAAUCCAACCCCAUCGGAAUCCCGAAGCGUAUUUGGGAUUUGAACAAUAGGGAAACUCACACAAUCAACAUCAAUUAGAGGAGGAAGCCAUAUGGAGAUUAGGAAAACUCAAGUGGCCAUGCCGGUUUUGUUGGCGAUAAUGACUCUAAUGGCGAGUCAAGUGGUCUUGGCCGGUAAAUACUCAGGCUCAAAGGCCCUUCAUGACCGGCAUAUGGCGGAAAUGCAAGCUCUUAAAGCUUCAUUGGUUCGCCGAAAUCUACCGGCUUUGGUAUCUCCUCCUCCUACUCCUCCUCAGGCAGUACCUGGUCCACGCGUGUAUCAAGUGAUAUCAUAUGGUGCCGAUCCCACAGGGAAAGUGGAUAGCACGAAUGCGAUAUUGAAAGCUAUGGAAGAGGCAUUCGAAGGUCCAAAUCAAGGAGUUUUAAUGGAAGGUAUAAAUGAUCUUGGAGGAGCCAGAAUCGAUCUUGAAGGUGGAAGCUACUUAAUCAGCCGUCCUCUUCGGUUUCCCUCAGCCGGCGCCGGAAAUCUCCUCAUCAGCGGAGGAACAUUAAAGGCGUCAGAUGAUUUUCCAGUCGAUAAGUACUUAAUCGAACUCAACGACGAAUCGUCAAAACUACAAUACAUAUUCGAAUACAUAACUUUCAGAGAUCUUCUCAUCGACUGCAACUACCGCGGCGGAGCAAUCGCCGUCAUAAAUUCUCUCCGGACAAGCAUAGACAACUGUUACAUCACACGGUUCGGAAACACGAACGGGAUUCUUGUCCAAAAAGGACACGAGACUUAUAUUCGAAACUCCUUUCUUGGUCAACACAUAACCGCCGGUGGAGACAAAGGAGAGAGAAACUUUUCCGGCACCGCCGUGAAUCUUAUCGGUAACGAUAACGCCGUCACGGACACCGUUAUAUUCUCCGCGGAGAUUGGGGUCAUGAUCUCAGGACAGGCAAACUUAUUGUCUGGUGUGCAUUGUUAUAACAAGGCAACCGGUUUUGGAGGAACCGGGAUUUAUUUGAAAUUACCCGGUUUAACUCAGAACCGAAUUGUGAAUUCGUACUUGGAUUAUACCGGUAUCGUCGCGGAAGACCCGGUUCAGCUACAAAUUUCAGGGACGUUUUUCUUGGGAGAUGCGUUUAUUUUGUUGAAAUCGAUAGCCGGUGUGGUUCGAGGGGUUAAUAUUGUCGACAAUAUGUUUUCCGGGUCGGGUAAUGGGAUCCAGAUUGUUCAAUUGGAUCAGACCAAUAAGGCGUUUGGGGACGUUGACCAGGUGGUUGUUGACCGGAACAGUGUGAACGGAAUGGCAACGAGAUCGACGGUGGCAAAAGGAUCGGUCGAUGGAAAUGGGACGUCUUGGACCGUCGAUUUUAACCCGGUUUUGUUGUUUCCGAAUUUAAUUAAGCACGUGCAGUACACACUCGUAGCGCGUGAGGCUAAUGCGUUUCCUGCUCACGCGUUAAGGAACGUUUCGGACAAUCGAGUGGUCGUUGAGACAAACGCUCCUGUUACUGCAAAAGUUUAUGUAACAGCGGAACAGUGAGUUUGAGCGUCGUGUUUUUGCCGGAAUAAGGGUAUUAAUAACUAUAAAAUUAAAUUGGUGGUUUUUGAUAUUUGUAAUUUUUGUUCUUCCUAU